AUGAGCGCUGCGAGGCUCCUAUCAGGAACGCCUUGGCGAUAUACUGUCUUUGCCGCAGCUGCUGGCACUGCUAUUCACGCUACUUGUCGACGAAGCUCCACCGUCAAGCUUGAUAGCCCAGCGAAUAAGGCCCUGCCCCAGAAUGUCGAUCUGUCAGGUUAUGGCCAACGAGUCCAAAGUCACUUCGCCCACCAAGACCCCAAGCAUGCCACCAAGUGGGGUGAUGCAGACAUAAUACACAAAGUGAAUGACCCAGAUGCAUAUGGGCCAGGCUUCGAAGACGAUGAUGAGAAUGCCUGGGCUACUUUUUCACGAAAUUUCAAUAAUGUGAGAGAAGGUAUCGAAAGAAUAGAAUGGACGACUGUGGGCGACAAGAUCACUGACUUUGUUGUCCCGGUUUGGGCAAAGUUCCUCCCUGAUGGACUCGAGAAACUACGCUUUGAGCUAAGCAUGCAGCCUGGCACUUUGGCAGACGAAAUAUGGCAAGAGUCUCAGGACCCGACAAUCAAUCCAGAAAUUCUCUGGAAUGCCACAGUGCGUGUAGGUGAUACGCUCGGAAAGGACGAGUUGGAAUUUCGUCGGAAAAGAAAGGCACGUAUUGUCAAGGCUCUAGCCAAAUAUCUAGACAUUGAAGAGAAAGAGAUAGAUCCUGAAGAUGUACCGACAAUUGCUAUAUGUGGUAGCGGAGGAGGAUUGAGAGCCUUGGUGGCUGGGGCGAGCAGUUGUCAUUCUGCCCAACAGGCUGGUCUAUUUGACUGUGUUACAUAUACUGCCGGAGUCAGCGGGAGUUGCUGGCUGCAGACCAUUUACUUUUCCUCGCUUGGGAAGCAGGAUCAUGCGACCGUUCUGAAACACUUGAAGUCCCGGAUCGGAACACAUAUUGCAUUCCCACCAACUGCAAUGAAAUUGGUAACUUCUGCGCCCACGAAUAAAUUCAUCUUGAGCGGGUUUGUCGAAAAGCUCAAAGGAGAUCCAGGCGCCGAUUUUGGCUUGGUCGAUGUCUACGGCGGCCUCCUCGCAGCUCGACUGCUGGUGCCCCAUGGAGACCUUGACGUCCAAGAUCACGAUCUCAAGCUAUCUAAUCAACGCGUCUAUCUUGAAAAUGGCGAGCACCCCAUGCCUAUAUACACAGCUGUUCGACACGAGAUCCCUGUGGAUGAAGAAGAGCUUGAAAAAGCGCAAGACAGUUUGGCACUGAAGCAGAACGUUAAAGAUAAAGCGAGAAGAGAAGCCUGGUUCCAGUGGUUUGAGAUGCACCCUUGGGAAGUUUGGUGCGAAGAAUUUGGUGCAGGGAUACCGACCUGGGCCUUUGGGCGCCCAUUCAAGAAUGGUCAGAAUCAAACUCUCGAAACAGGGGUUGCUCUGCCAGAGAUUCGGCAAAGUCUACUGCUUGGGAUCUGGGGCUCAGCCUUCUGCGCAACAUUGUCUCACUAUUACAAAGAAAUCAAACCUGUUCUGAUGGGACUGGUUGGGUUUUCCGGGGUAAAUGAGCUCCUCGAAGAGAAGAAUGAGGAUCUUAUCAAAAUCCAUCCUAUUGACCCAGCAACGAUUCCCAACUUUGUCUAUGGAAUGAAGGACCAAUUGCCAUCCACAUGUCCAGACUCGGUUUUCAAGAGCAAUCAUUUGCAGCUGAUGGAUGCGGGUAUGAGCAAUAAUUUGCCCAUAUACCCGCUUCUUCGUCCUGGGAGGGAUGUCGACAUUGUGAUCGCCUUUGAUGCGUCUGCAGAUAUCCAGAAAGAGAAUUGGUUGUCUGUGGUGGAUGGCUAUGCCAAACAACGAGGCAUCAAAGGCUGGCCUCUCGGAGCAGGCUGGCCUACCGAAUCUUCAAAGCCACAAGAGACUGUCCAGGCAUUAGAGGAGGCACAAGCAACGACACCACAAGAGGCCGCAACCAAGAUCACACAAGCAAGAGAGGAAGGUAGGCAAGAGAAGGAUCGUGUUCCGGAUGGUAAAGGCUCGCCGGAAAGCCCCACGACUGGUGACAGUCCAGAUGCCAAGACAGAACUGGGCAAAUGUAACGUUUGGGUUGGGACCAAAGAGGAAAGGUCGAGUGACGACGAGCCACCUCCUUCCAAAUUACUCACCUGGGAUGAUCCUAAUGAUUCUACUUUUCAUUUAAUAAAACCUGGAGCUGGCAUAGCGGUGGUCUAUUUCCCACUACUGCCAAACUCGAAAGUCGAAGGCGUUGAUCCAGAUUCGAGCGACUACCUUUCGACUUGGAAUUUUAUCUACACUCCAGAGCAAAUAGACAAAGUGACGGAACUCGCACAGAGAAACUUUGAAGAGGGAGCAGACAUCACCAAGCGCACAGUCCGGGCGGUCUAUGAGCGACGCAAGAUGGAGAGGCUUGAACGACAGGCCAACGAUAGGAACAAGGCAUGGAAGAACAAGCUGAGAGAACAUGGAGACAGUUUCAUCCUUAGCUGA